ACGAAGGCGCGGGCCUAGAGGGAAAAGCGAAAGGGGAUAACAGAAGGAGAAAAGGGCAGCGGCGCCCGUUGCACGAGGCCGGUUGCCGACGUCGGCGCGCCAGCGAGCGCGCUGCGACAAGAUUCGGAACGAGAUCCAGCCAAGCUCUCUCCCCCCAGGUGGCGGCAUUGAACGGCGGCGGCAGCAGCAGCGCGGUAAACUGCGGCGUCUCGCGGCGAUAUGACCGCGGUCCAGCGCGGACAACAACGGCUGUGCCUGGAAUGCUGACUUCGUCGUCGUGGCCUCUGCUCCUGUUGCUAGUGUCCCUGCUCACGGAGUACGCCAAAGCAGCGUUCAGCCACCAAACAUACAACAAGGAACCAGAGCGGCGGCUCGGCGAGACAUGCAUUACGAGGACGGCGUGCGAGCUGGGCGAUGCUCACUCGGACUGCAUCCACUGGCAGUGCCAAUGCAAGAAGGGCUUCCGCAUAGAAUUCCUCCACGGGGUGCCUGUCUGCGUCACCGGUUUCUUCCCGAGCCAGUGCUACUCGCACAACCAGUGCAUCGAAAUGGACGAGCACGCCCUGUGCGUGAGCAACGUGUGUGACUGCGAAAACGGCUAUCAGAGGGAGCUCAUCUACUGGAAGUACGUCUGCAGGCCAGAAAAAUCGGACAAGAGCCUUAUCAUAUUCAUCCUGAGCUUCACGCUACUCCUACUAAUUGUUGUAUUGCUGUAUAUCGGGAAACAUUACGUGCAGUCGGAAUGUGCCGGACCGCCGAGCCCACCCUGUCCCGCAUCCUCGACCAUCACCGGCUUCACGGGUUCCAUCCAGGACGCAGACAGUCCGGAGUGGGAUUUGGUGGUGAUACCCAGGGCCGUAAGACCACCGUCCCCCGUGCUGCCUUCCAAAGAGGACCUGCCGCCCAGCUACGAGGAGGUGAUGCGGUACCUCUCCCAGCAGUCGUCGAAAAGAUGACGUUCACACCACGAGGCAUGGAGGCGUGCCUAUCGCUGACCAGCGGCCUCGGCCCUUGCGAUGCAAGAGCAG